CGCUCUUCUCCAUCAGAAAGUGUUAGUGCGUCGUCUUCAGUCGUCGACAUUGUAGAAUUAGCUCUUAGCAAGCAGCAGGAGAUUGAAAAUGCCUAUUCAAUCUCUCGUUCCAAACCACAACGCGUGCGAGUCACUAAGAGAUAUCCAACAAAAGAUACUGAUCAGGCAGACAACACAUCGUCUGUGCCUGGAGCUGGUGAUCUGGGGGAUAAUGAGGUCGAACGGUUGCUCAGCAGUAAAAUUGUGCCAAGGCGCAGCAUGGCUGCCCUUCUUCCAGGACCCAUUUCUUACACAUCUUUCCAAGAAUGUCGUGAAGAAAUGUACAAGGAAGCUGUGAAUCUGUAUGCUCCUAAACGCCUCUCAUUUGAUCCGGAAGAAAUCAUCACUGCAGUGAGAGCUGGUGACUUCAAACGAUUUCGUAGGGCGACUGAGCAUUUUUGCGCCCUCAACGCGGGGACUGAUUACGGCGGCAUUAUUUACUCUGUGAUCUCCAAAUGGCGAGAUGAAAAUGGAGGCACACUGAUCCAUGUGGUUUGUCGCAAUACCGUAUGCAGUAACACCCAUGAGGGGGACGAUCUUGUCGUUGUUUUGGCGAAGUGGGCUCCAGAAUUGUUGCGUGUGCAAGACACUUUACUAAAACUUCCGCUACACAUAGCAGUUGAGAAAGGCGAAGUUUGUCGCGUCUCGACUCUCCUUCAGCUAGGGUCACCAAUAUGUUGGAAGGAUAAGAAUAGUCUAUCACCGUUAGACAUUGCCUACACCUAUGGAAACGGAACUCUGCUGAAAACGCUAUUGAAUGCAGGCUGCCUGUUUUACGAAGAGGGACACCUAUUCUGCGCUUGCUCACGUGGAAUUAUGCGCAGUAGUCGGAAGAGGAUUCUUAGAAACAUUUACGAGGUGGCGGUGUUAUCCCCUGUCUUUAUUUCACCUUUCAAGGAUGGAGUGACUCCUGUCUUUAGGGUG